CUCUCACCUUGUCGGGAGAAGCAUUCGAUGCUGGUGAGACGCGCCCUCUCUCCCGUCUACCUGUGACUUCCUCAAGCAUGGAGUCAGAAUAUGCUGUGAACCCAACGAUUCUAGACUACCUCGCAAGCCACCAUGAGUCUCGGGAUUCCGGUCCAUGGUAAAUACCUGUUCGUGGUCAUGGACUGGAGUUCGCAAGGCUAAGACAUGUCAGAGAAAUCAGCCGAUGCGCGCGCGUCUCCGAUGUCUUCCCCUUGGCUUCCCUCGCAUCCUUCGAGAAGCAGAUACUGCUACCGAAACUCAUCCCUUUAUUAUUGACGUCGCCGCCCGCGUUCCUGGUCUUGGUCCUGCAGGAUAACCACGCGGUCUAAUCGGUACUGAACACCCUAGCAUCGUAUUCUGUUAAAUUCAUCACGCCGCUCGAAAGCGGCGCAUCAACAUCCCUUGACCGAGUCUUCUGUUCCACGCCAAACGUGGAGUCCCCAAUGGCUACUAACGAUAAGCCACUUGUUCCGCUGCAGCGGUUUGGCUACCAGUCACAGAGCAGAUUCCAUUGCCGAGUGUAUCCCGAAGGUCGUCUGCCGGUGAUGGGGGAGGGUUGCUCUUACGUUCCCCACCUCCCAUGCUCGCGGGCACGUCUCCCUAGUUUAUAUUUGACCAGGCCUCCCGCCGAUCUGGUUUGGCUUCCGUCAAGCAUCUUGGUUACCACCUCAAACUCAUUCGUCCGCCACCCGAGCCAGCAUUUACUCAGCCUUCUCCCCCACGUCUCACUACGUCUAUUCGAAAAACUUGAGCUUCUACUGCGAGACUUCUCUCUUUCUCUCUCCAGACCCCCCGCUUUGAUGUCAGCCGAAUCAAAACUUUGAGAUCAGCUCCAGGUACACCCCACCACGAUGAGCGACACGGAGAAGGCUGCGGCCUCCCAUACAUCAGACCAAGGCACGCAGGAUGUUCCGCGUGACCCUGACGCGCAUCUCAGUGAAGAAGAGAGGCUUGAAGUCGAACGAAAGUUAGUCAGGAGGCUUGACUGGAUCCUGAUUCCAUGGCUAUGCAUCCUUUACCUCUUAGCUUUCCUUGACAGAACCAACAUUGGAAAUGCGAAAAUCGCCGGUUUGAACAAAGAUCUGGGCCUCACGAGUUCUAUGUACAACUCGUCGCUCACAAUCUUCUUCGUCUCGUAUGCGGUGUUCGAGCCCUUGACGAACAUUCUGCUCAAGAAAUUGCGACCGUCAAUCUUCAUUCCCAUCAUCAUGAUUCUCUGGGGGGCAUCAAUGACGGGCAUGGGGUUCGUACACAACUGGAGUGGGUUGAUGGCCGCGCGCUGGUUCUUGGGCCUUACCGAGGCUGGGCUUUUCCCGGGCGUCAACUACUACCUAUCAUGCUGGUACAAGAGAUCAGAAUUUGGCAUUCGCGCUGCCAUUUUUUUCUCAGCUGCAGCCAUCUCUGGCUCGUUCGGUGGCGCCCUCGCAGCAGGCAUCGAGCAAAUGGCCGGCGUCGGCGGCCGCCCGGGCUGGGCAUGGAUCUUCAUCCUCGAAGGCCUCCUCACCGUGGUCUUCGGCGUCGCCUCCUUCUGGAUGGUCCACGACUUCCCCGACGAGGCUAAGUUCCUCUCCGACGACGACCGGGCUCGUGUCAUUCGCCGUCUAAAGAUGGAUCAGCAGGCCUCUGCCAACCACGAGGAGUUCAAGAUGACGUUCUUCUGGCAGGCCGUCAAAGACUGGAAGAUGUGGCUGGGCAUGGUCAUCUACAUGGGCUGCGACAUGCCGCUUUACGCCUUUAGUCUGUUCUUGCCUACCAUUGUCAACGAACUUGGGUGGAAUACCAGUAUCGUACGAUCGCAGCUGAUGACGGUCCCGCCUUAUGCUGCGGCGGCGAUUUUCACCAUCUUUAUCGGAUAUGUGGCGGACAGGACGAAACAGCGUGGUCUAUGUAACAUUGGAGUCAGUCUCAUCGGCAUAGUGGGCUUCUGCAUGCUCAUCGCUACCGAGAGCGCCCAAGUCAAAUACGCAGGCACCUUUCUCGGAGCUCUCGGCAUCUACCCAUGCAUCGCCAACACCAUCACCUGGGUCGCCAACAACAAUGAGGGCGUCUACAAGCGCGGUGUGGUGCUAGGAUUCGUGAUUGGGUGGGGAAACCUGAAUGGCAUCGUCAGCUCUAACAUUUACUUCCAUGGGCCGCGGUUUCCAGAGGGCCAUGGCGUUGUGUUGGCGUACAUGUCCAUUUUCCUGUGCGGCGGCAGCGCUCUCAUGACGACGUUGCUCAGGAUCGAGAACAAGAAGAGGAGGCAGGGGAAGAGAGAUCACUGGGUGGAGAAUAAGUCUGAAAAGGAGAUCGAGGCGCUCGGAGACAAGAGGCCAGACUUCCAGUACACCUUGUAA